ACGUCGCUGUGCCGCCGCCGCGUGACGCAUUUCCUGUUUGUUGUCGGAGAAAGGAGAGAAAGGAAAGCGCGAGGAGACGCCGCCACCACCAGCGCAGCAGUGCAGGAGCUGUGAGGAGAUUCGGGCAGUCACCCCGCCUCCCCUGCGUCCCGCCACCGGCCGCCUCCGUCCUCGGACCCAUUCCAGCAAUCUCUUAAAACAUGGUGGAUUACUAUGAAGUUCUAGGCGUGCAGAGACAUGCCUCACCCGAGGAUAUUAAGAAAGCGUAUCGGAAACUGGCGCUGAAGUGGCAUCCAGAUAAAAAUCCCGAGAAUAAAGAAGAAGCAGAGAGAAAAUUCAAACAAGUAGCGGAGGCAUAUGAAGUGCUGUCGGAUGCUAAGAAACGGGAUAUCUAUGACAAAUAUGGCAAAGAAGGAUUAAAUGGUGGAGGAGGAGGUGGAAGUCAUUUUGACAGUCCAUUUGAAUUUGGCUUCACAUUCCGUAACCCAGAUGAUGUCUUCAGGGAAUUUUUUGGUGGAAGGGACCCAUUUUCAUUUGACUUGUUUGAAGACCCUUUUGAGGACUUUUUUGGGAAUCGAAGGGGUCCCCGAGGAAGCAGAAGCCGAGGGACGGGGUCGUUUUUCUCUGCGUUCAGUGGAUUCCCGUCUUUUGGAAGUGGAUUUCCUUCUUUUGAUACAGGAUUUACUUCAUUUGGGUCACUAGGUCAUGGGGGCCUCACUUCAUUCUCUUCCACGUCAUUUGGUGGUGGUGGCAUGGGCAACUUCAAAUCGGUAUCAACUUCAACUAAAAUAGUUAAUGGCAGAAAAAUCACUACAAAGAGAAUUGUCGAGAACGGUCAAGAAAGAGUAGAAGUUGAAGAAGACGGCCAGUUAAAGUCCUUAACAAUAAAUGGUGUGGCCGACGAGGACGCCCUCGCCGAGGAAUGCAUGCGGAGAGGCCAGAGCGCCCUGCCAGCCCAGCCUGCCAGCCUCCGCCCGCCGAAGCCGCCCCGGCCUGCCUCACUGCUCAGACAUGCACCUCACGGUCUCUAUGAGGAGGAGGGCGAGCAGGACCGACCUCGGGCACCCGGGCCCUGGGACCCCCUCGCGUCCGCAGCAGGUGUGCAAAGGGAGGCAGCGGAGGAGCAGGCGCGGAGUGAGGCUGCCCUGGGUGCCAGAGGACAGCGAGGACACAAACCGCGCCUGUGCUGCUGUGUUCUGACCUGAGCGGGUGGCGCGGGCGGCGCGGGAGGAGGUGUCUUUGCUCUGUUCCCCUCCCGCCCGCAGCCCCCACGCCACGGUGGCUCCGGGGCCCCCCCCGUUAAAACGGGGCCCCCGUGUCCUUUACACAGUGUGUUGCUCCGCAAAGGACGACAGAGCUGCCAUAGCAGUGCGAGGUGCUGCUUUUACCGUAGACGUGCCUUUCCGUAGCUUUCAGCAUAGAGCUUGAGGCCUGUGGCUUAGGCCAGGUGGUCUCGUGCUGGGGGGGGGUCUGCAUCUGCUCCUGCCCCUCCGUCAGCUUCACCUUCUCGUGCCUUCUUCUGCACUGGGUGCAGAACAAAAGAGCCCCUCAAGUCAGACCUGCUUGUGAAGCGUAGUCUGCCCGCCCAUCCGCCGUGGGGUUCUUGGCCGCCCUGCCCUCCACCCACCUCUUAGGGAGCCGGAGAGUCUCUGAAGUGAGUGCCCCGGAGAAGUUCUGGGUCCCCCUGAGGACGUGCUGUGCGUGUAGGCUUGGCCCUGACUACGUCCUAAAGCCCAGGGUCUGUUUAGUGUGAAUUGUGCAUCAGUUGGAAGUAUUUGUGCCCCUUCUGGUUCUUACCACUGCACGCGGUGAGGGGACCCCAGCCGCUCCUGUCGUGCAGGAAGAUAGGGGUGGCUGAUCUCUGGGUUUGGGGGACCUCAGCGGACGUCGUGAGGUUACUUCUGUGGACUUGGGCCGAACAGCACUGUCUAAGCAUGACAUGAAAAGAAGGGGGGAGAUCUCUCCUUUUCCCUUCAUGGAACUUUCUAUUGAAAAAUUAGCCCCUUCCAGUCCUUGGAUGAAACACAGUUGCUGGUUACGCUUCCGAGGAGGACGGAAGGUGCACCCCCAGCCAUGAGAGCCUCAGGACGCAAUGCCUGUGGGUGGGCCCAGCAGCCCCUCCAGCUGGCCGGCCGCCCACCCUGCUGUGCUCGACUUUGCCAUGCGAGUCUGCGCUGUGUCACUGAGUGCCGAACAGAGGCAGUUGCAGGCUGCGUGCCUACCCAGAAAGAACUCCCCAUGCACUGAGUGGGCGUGGGGGAGGCUCCCCAGGAUCCCCUUCAUUGAGUGGGCUUGGGGGAGGCUCCCCAGGAUCCCUGCACUGAGCGGGCGUGGGGAAGGCUCCCAGGAUCUGUUGUGCACUCCUGGUACUGAAGGGUCUGAGGGCGGCAGGGAGGGCGCACUGUUUGUCGAUGGGUCUUUGCAAGGUGCGGGAUAGAGCAGGGUCACAGCCGUAGUGUCCCUGAACCACUGGGGUUAGGAGGCCACCGGAAGCCUGGCCUGCGAGGGGCCUUGUGAUUUCCCAGGCCCCAAGAAUGUGGUGCACAGGUGCGAGCCGCCUGGAGGAGCCACCCAGCACAGGCCUGAGGCCACACCCGCAUUUCAGCACUGGGCGGGUCUCCUCCUCCCAGCGACUGUGGCUGUGGGCGGGACGGAUGUGGGCGGGCAGGCGCCCUUCUCCCCGCGCCUCACGGCUUUGCCAGUGUGUAUCCUCGGCUUCCCUGCCACGCACCGUUUCUGACGGGGAAAGCCGGCUGACUGCUGAAUCCCACACACAUCCUUACAGCAGAGAGGCCAGUGAUGGCUUUUGUUUCUGCCCGGAUCCUCUUUGUGGAGCUUCCGUCCCAGAGCUUUUCCUCUCAUUUGUAUCCUUUUUUUUAAUCGCUUCAUGAGAUCUUGAAGAUACCAAAGUAACCAUCGAAGAUUUAAAGAUGUGAUUUUCAUACAAAUAUAUAAUGAACACAUGUCAGAGACUUGUACUUAAGUUCUUAUUGAGAGAUGACAGAGCUGACUCAAUGGAUGAUUCAGGAAGCUGCUGCAGAGUUGGAGACAGAACUAGAGUGAAAUUGCAAAGCAGGGUGGUUUCGGUCUCAGCAGAGGCCAUUUGCGACUCACUCACCGGCUCCAGGGCGCUGGUGGGUGACAAGAGGCUGAGCAAGGCUCUGCCCCUGCAGGCUCACUCAUUGUAUCGGGAUCAGAGCACCAGCACCACCAAAUCGGAACAACUGUACAUGCUUGCAGACAAGGGCAUGUGCCAGUGUGGGCAUGACAAAGUCACGCGGGUGCAGACCCCUUAGCUCCAGUCUGCUGGGUGUUCUGAACAGUGGACUUUGUAGCGAUAACACAGGCUCCUGAGUCAGGAUACUGGUUGUCUACAUUUUUGUGUCACUGAAUGUCUCUCUUUCCCUGAAGCCCCUUGUCACAGAAAACCCAUGACUCUCGGCCAGGCCUCUGGGUGCCUGGAAGAUCCCACUAUCAUCUUUUUGUGGGAUUCCUGGGCAAGGUUCCUGAAAAAGGAAUACACGGUGAGGAGACUGGCCACCCAGCAGUAUUGAUGGCCCCUGCUUUGGCCUCCAGCCGUCUGACUGGUCCCUGAAUCGAGUAGGUCUUAUUGGAGCUCCCAGGAGUGAGCGAGCUUCCACUCGUGGAGUCACAGCCGGGUGUGCAGCCCCCAGGCCUGGGCAGUUUUAGGGCAUGAUUUUUUUUGGGCUGGAAAUGAGCUCUCACUUGAGAUGCACCCCUCAAAAUACGGAACGUACUACUACUGCAAGAAUUUCCCCUCCUUAUGUCUGGUGUGAUUGACAACGGGGUGCAGCCAGUGGAAGCAGGAAUGUUGGGGAGUACAGGGUAUUGGGGGUGCUCCUAUCCCGGUCAGCAGGGCGGCGGGUCGGCGGGGAGCGCCUGUCCCUGCUGCGUGGUGUGGGGUUCUCUGGCUGACAUUUGCCGCUGUGUGGGGUCCUUAACCCCAGCACUCGCCCUGCCUUAGUUCAGAGGACAGAGGCACCGCCGGGAACCCACCCGAUCCUAACUCAGGCUUUGGAAAGGACGAGUGAGAUUUUGUGUUUAUGAAUUCCACACAUACUAUAGGAAUAUCAAGAACAUGUAACUGUUAAAA